CACCGGCCAUCCCUCCCAGAAAUUCAAACACACGAUUCCUACCAUCUCUUCCAGUUGUCUUCAUCCGUCCAUUCUCGCCCUCCGUACUUUCUCUCAACAAGUCACUUCAGGACGUCGAGCUCUCCAGACAAGAAACCAUCAUGUCCAAAGUUUUCACCGUCGGCGACGUCGCGUCGCACAACAAGUCAGACAACCUCUACAUCAUCAUCGAUGGCGAUGUUUACGACCUCACAAAGUUCCAGGAUGACCAUCCCGGUGGCAAGAAGAUUCUUCAGCGCGUCGCAGGAAAGGACGCCUCGAAGCAGUUCUGGAAAUACCACAAUGAGGGUGUCCUGAAGAAGUACAAGGCGAAGCUCCAGGUCGGCUCGCUCGACACCAAACCCAAGGCUGCUGAGCCGGAACCCACAGCCGCAGCCCCCGUGCCCACCAAGGCCGCUGCGCCUAAAGCCGCCUCUACUGUCGCCGCCACACAGGAGUCCGAACCUCUCGAACCUUUCGGCAGCCUGAUCCCUUUCGCCGACCCGAGUUGGUACCAGGCCCACCACUCCCCUUACUACAAUGAAACCCACGCGGCCCUCCGCGCCGAGGUGCGCGCCUGGAUGGAAGAGGAGGUCGAGCCCUACGUCACCGAAUGGGACGAGGCCAAGGAGGUCCCCGCCAAGAUCUACAAGCAGAUGGGCGAGCGCGGCUACCUGGCUGGCCUCCUCGGCAUCGACUACCCGACCCAGUACACCAACAACACGGUGGCGUCGGUAGCCCCGGAGAAGUGGGACCUCUUCCACGAGCUGCUCCUGACCGACGAGCUCUCCCGCUCGGCCUCUGGCGGCUUCGUCUGGAACGUCAUCGGCGGCUUCGGCAUCGGCUGCCCCCCGCUCGUCAAGUUCGGCAAGAAGGAACUGGUCGACCGCAUCCUCCCCGGCAUCCUGGCCGGCGACAAGCGCAUCUGCUUGGCCAUCACCGAACCCGAUGCCGGCUCCGACGUGGCCAACCUCACCUGCGAGGCCAAGCUGUCCGAGGACGGCAAGCACUUCAUCGUCAACGGCGAGAAGAAGUGGAUCACCAACGGCAUCUGGGCCGACUACUUCACAACCGCCGUCCGCACCGGCGGGCCCGGCAUGAACGGCGUCAGCUUGCUCCUCAUCGAGCGCGACAUGCCCGGCGUCUCCACCCGCCGCAUGGAUUGCCAGGGUGUCUGGUCCAGCGGAACCACUUACAUCACCUAUGAGGAUGUCAAGGUGCCUGUUGAGAACCUGUUCGGCAAGAAGAACCAGGGUUUCCGAGCCAUCAUGACCAACUUCAACCACGAGCGCAUCGGCAUCAUCAUCCAGUGCCUCCGCUUCUCGCGCAUCUGCUACUCCGAAUCCGUCUCCUACGCCUCCAAGCGCCGCACCUUCGGCAAGAAGCUCAUCGAGCACCCUGUCAUCCGGCUCAAGCUGGCCCACAUGGCGCGCCAGAUCGAGGCCUCGUACAACUGGCUCGAGAACAUCAUCUACCAGUGCCAGAAGAUGGGCGAGACCGAGGCCAUGCUCAAGCUCGGCGGCGCCAUCGCCAGCCUCAAGGCCCAGGCCACUGUCACCUUCGAGUUCUGCGCCCGCGAGGCCUCCCAGAUCUUCGGCGGCCUGUCCUACUCCCGCGGCGGCCAGGGCGGCAAGGUCGAGCGCCUCUACCGCGACGUCCGCGCCUAUGCCAUCCCCGGCGGCAGCGAGGAGAUUAUGCUUGACCUUAGCAUCAGGCAGAGCAUGCGUGUCCACAAGGCGCUGGGCAUGAAGCUAUAAGCCGGGCGGUGGAUGUGAGUUGCAUAUAUUCAUUUUGGAAAGACUCGGUCAUGGCAUAUAGAUCGAUAGAGGGGAGGGAGGGCCUUUGAAGAGGAGAAGAGGAGUUCAGAGUUUCUGAGUUUCCUGUUUUCAGUCACAGAGAGUAUGGCGAUGGGAGAGAGAUACCAGGGCGGCAUAAACUGUACGAAUACUUUCUUUUCCCUGGAGUCUUGCAAGGCGCUAUUUUUUUUUUUUUUUUUUU